AACUACUACCCUGGCGGAAGGAUAGAAAAUUGGCCGGGACUACUACUUUAAAAGCUUAUAGGAUCGUUAUUAAGAGCACUACCGUGAAGUUAGUUCCUAAAUUGGUCUCAACGUUUCGACUAGCUUACAUAAGUCAUCGUCAGGAGACUACUUUAAGCUUGAAAGUUAACACUUUGCACUGUGAAUACCAAGAACAAAUAAAGAAGAUCACUGUUCAAAAGAUGACACUCUGCUACCCACAAUCUUAUUCAAGAAAAACUCAUCUUUGAUUGUUGGAAAAGUCUUCAGAAAGUGGACCUUCACAAGAGGAAAAACUGACAUUUAAAAACAUUUGUCAGAAAGAAAAAGAACUGAAGUAACUCUAGCUUGAAGUAUUAUUAAACAAGAUGAAUGCAUCUGAGAUGAAUUCUACUACACCAACAACCAAUGACAAUAAGGACUCUGAUGCUAUUAAGGUAGUAUGUUAUGUAAUGAUUGUACUUGGAUUCUGUGGUGUACUUGGCAAUAUCUUGGUCUGUGUUGUAAUUCUUAGAGUCAAAUUUCUGCAUAAUAUCACAAACUAUUUACUGGUCAAUUUGGCUGUUGCUGAUACUGUAUCUUGCAUUGCUGCUUGCCUUCAUUACCUUGUUGCAAACAAAAGAUGUGUAAUUAUUCAUUUUGUACCACAAAGUACUUUGGGAAAAGACUUGUACUGUAGAAUUUUGGUCAGCACAUUUUUUGUUUGGAGUUGCUGCUUUUGUACAGGAUACAGUCUAUGUUUAGUUACAUUAGAAAAAUAUAUUGGUAUAGUUCAACCACUUCAGUAUCCAAGAAAGUUAACCAAGAAACGGAUAAAGGUUCUUCUUGCUUUGGUGUGGGUAGGGUCAAUAGUUAUUUCUCUGCCAUUCCUUUUUACAAUUGGAGCAAGCCCUAAUCCCAAUCAGGCUUGUCGAGAUAUCUCUUAUUAUCAUCCCUUACUUCAAAUAGUCCACAGCUUAGUCUUAUUUCUUACACAUUACUUAAUCCCAAUUGUAUUCAUGUGUUGGGCAUACUUUAAGAUUCAAGCAACGUUAAGCAAACAAGCUGAAUACUUGAAGCAACAACAUGUCAAACAAGCCGCUUUGAGUCUCCUGGUUGCUAGGCAACGCUUAGUAAGCUUGCUUAAGAUGGUGCUCGGCGCCCUCAUUGUCCUAUGGACUCCAGCUUACUUAUUGGACCUGAUUUGCCCAAAUAUUGAACUUGAGUUUAAUUUAGUGCCUUUCUGUAGCUCAGAUACGGCUCAAUUAGUCUUUGAGAUUACCAAUUGUUUGUUCUAUUUGAAUUCCGUAAUAAACCCAGUCAUCUAUGAAUUUAAGUACAAGAAGUUCCGUCAAGGAUUGAAAGAAGUUUUGGGUUGCCGUGUUAAAAGGAAAGAAAACCAAGUCACUGUCCAGAUGACUGGGAAGAUGUAAGUUGUCUUUGUUAUACGCUUGUAGCAAUUCUUCUGAUCCACACAACAAUUAAGAAAAUAAGAAACUUAUGCACUUGUUUCUGAAAGGGAAGGUACACGUUUGGUAAUUACU